AUGAAGGCGUUCGCUCUUUUGUGCCUCGUUGUAGCCGUUCAGGGCCGCGUUUUGGAUGUGCCUGAAGACCAGUCCCGCGCUGUAGCCCAGCGCGGCGAGAACCCCUGGCUGGUGCACCUGCGCGUCACCAGGUCGACAGGCGGCGGGCUCCUCGACACCGGCGUCGGCUCUCUCAUCGGCACCUCCUGGGUGCUGACUGCCGCGAGUGCCGUGCAGGAUGCCCGCUUUAUCUGGAUCCGCUACGGCGCGGUGGACCCCUUCCGGCCAGAGCUGGUGACGGAGACCAGCGUGGUGCAGCUGCACCCUGACUACAGCGCCGUCACCGGCGACAACAACAUCGCACUCGUCAGCAUCAACAGGCUCGUGCAGUCUACCGCUAACAUCAGUCCCGUGGCUCUGGCGGCGGCGGACUCAGAGGCGCCCUCUGCUGGUCGCUCGUGCGGAUUCGGCGGCGACGGCGAGACCCCCGGAGUGCAACUGCAGUGCGUGUCCGGUGACCUAGUCGUUGACGGAAACACCAUCGUUGCUAAGGGAGCCGAUGGAAUACUCUCUAAGUUCGACGUGGGAAGUCCUUUAGUGGAAGACGGAGUCCAGCACGGAGUACUCUCGUCGGUUCUUGGUGUAUAUUUGAAGGUUGCCUACUACCGCUCUUGGAUCCAGCAAGUUACUGAAAUAUAA